AUGUCUUUAGUAGAGGGCAAGAACAAUUAUUCGCCGAUAGUGAAUGGCUUUUUCGUCUUAGCAAUACGGUUAGCCACCAAAUAUGAUGCUCCCAGUGUAUUCUCCUUUAUUGAUGUGGUUUUAUCAGGACACAAUCACCAGCAGCCAAUUCCAGAGUUAUGGUAUGAGCUAGCAGUCCAGCUGGCAAAGCAAUAUGGGAAUAUUUAUUCUCUGUGGGGAGGAAAGUAUAGUACUAUCGUCUUCACUGGAUAUCAGACUGUGAAAGAAGCUUUGAUUGACCAUUCAGAAGCCUUUGCUGAUCGCCCACUCUCACAUUUCAUAUUGACUGUCAGCAAAAAAAGAGGUAUUGUGGUUUCAAAUGGCCACAGCUGGUUGCAACAAAGGCAAUUGAGUAUUGUUACCAUGAGGAAGCUAGGCCUGGGGAAAAAAAGCCUGGAAUCCCAAAUGCAGGCAGAAGUUGAGAGAUUUUUGGAGGACCUUGAACAUACAAAAGGACAGCCAUUUGACCCUUCACAGUACAUUAAACAUUUGGUUGCCCAUGUGAUCUGCACCAUAGUUUGUGGACAGUGCUUUUCCACUGAAGACAAGGAGUUUCUGAAAUUGCUGGAGGCCAUGCGAGUUUUUGAAAAAAUUUUAAUCAGCUUCCCUCAUCUUAUUUAUGAAAUAUUCCCAUUUAUCAUGAAAUAUCUCCCAGGGUCUCACCAAAAAGCCCUUUCUGCUGCAGAGUUUAUCAUUAAUUUUGCAAAGAAGGAGAUUGUACAGCAUAAGGAAAACCAGAAUGUGCAUGAUCCACAGGAUUUCAUUGAUUUUUAUCUAUUUCAAAUGGAGAAAAGCAAGAACGAUCCAGAUUCUACCUUUGAUGAAGACAACUUGGCUCAUUGCAUUGCUGACCUUUUUAUCGGUGGGAUAGAAACGACUAAUGGCACUAUGCAAUGGGCACUGCUACUCAUGGCAAAUCAUCUGGAUAUCCAAGAUAAGGUCCACAAGGAGAUCAAAGAUGUUUUGAGUUCAUCUCAUUCCAUCUGUUAUGGAGAUCGGAAGAAUCUGCCCUACACCAAUGCUGUGCUUCAUGAGAUCAUGAGAAGCAAAUACAUUGCAUUAUUUGGAAUACCAAGACAAUGUACAAAGGAUAUUUACCUCAGUGGGUUUCUCAUUCCUAAGGGAGCUAUCAUUUUACCAGAACUGCGCUCUGUUCUCAUUGAUCCUGAACAAUGGGAAACACCUGAGAAAUUCAACCCCAAUCAUUUUCUAGACAAAGAAGGACACUUUGUCACAAAAGAAGCAUUCAUGCCCUUUGGAGCAGGUGCUCGGAUCUGCUUGGGGGAACUCUUUAUAAGGAUUGAGUUCUUCAUUAUGUUCACCAGCCUGCUGAGGAAAUUUAGGGUGCAGCCCCCAGAAGGAGUGGAGAAGCUUAGUGAAGAACCCAUACUAGGAGUGACUGUGUAUCCUACUCCUUACAAGAUCCAUGUUGUUCCUCGCUCUGCUACAUCAGAGUAG